CACAACAAUAACAAUGCGCACGUGAGUGCACGCGUGCCCUCUCUCUCUCUCACGGCGCUCUCUGGCCCUUUGUGUGUGGCGCUCUUUUGGUAGCCAGGACCAGGUUUGAAGUCCUAUUCCGUGGCCAUUAGUUCGCUGACAAGCGAGAGCUUUGGACGCGCUGCGCAGUUAGCAGUUAUCGUUGUGCGUGCGUGUGUCCGUCUGUGUCUGUGUGCGUGUGCCUACAUACAAAAGUUGUAAAUGCAGGAAUAACAAUAACAAAUACAACGCGAAGAUAACAGAAAAGCAUCUUGCCAAAAUUCGGAUUCAACCGUUACAAAAAAUCGAACGGACCAAAAAGGAAACCAAAGCGGGCAGGAGGAAUUGGUUGACGGCACUUGCAGCGUUCGAGGCGUUGAACUAACGCUAAGCGGCCGCAAAAAUGGCUGCCGAAAACUAUCACCUAAAGUGGGAUUCGCAUGUGUCCUAUUUGAACACUUCGAUUGCCACGCUCUACAAGAAUGAGAAAUUUGCCGACGUUAUGCUGUACAGUUCGUAUAGCAAUAAUGGCAUUAAUUCGGAUAUACCCACUGUGGGCAUAUCGGCGCACAAAUUCAUAUUGAGCUCCUGCAGCCAGUUCUUUGCCACCAUGUUCGAGACGGCGCCAAUAACGGCGCCCAAUGGUGUCCUCUACAUUGUGCUUCCGCCAGAUCUGAGUCAUCGUGCCAUACAAAUACUCGUCCAGUAUAUGUACAGCGGCGAGGCGACCGUCUCCAAUGACAUACUCAACGAGGUGUUGCGUGGCGGCGAGAUACUAAAGAUACGCGGUCUUUGUCGCACCAGCACUUCCAGUGGUGGCGCCACAAGCACCUCCCAUGGCCAUCACCUGCAGCAGCAUCAUCAGCGUGAGCCGAGUGCGCUGUAUGUCUCGAAUGGCACGCGAUCAUCGUUGGCGCCACCGCCACCGAUGUCCACACAACUUCCCGCUGAUCUGUACAGUAAUAAGCCUGGGAGCAGCAGCAACAGUAGCGGAUCAGCUCGCUAUACUCUAGAUCAUCUACAUACGCUUCCGCAUUCGCAUUCCCAUCAACAACAGCAGCAACAGCAACAGCAACAGCAGCAGCAGCAACAACAUCUUCAUCAUCAUCAGCAGCAGCAGUUUCGCGGCUUGGGCGCUUCCGUAAUGCCAAAAGAUAGUCCGGUGAUUGUCAAAUCACCCAAGAUAGCCAGCCAUACGGGACUGCUUAGUGUGGCGAGCAGCAGUAAGAUGCAUGGCAUUUCCGUUAACAAGGAGGUGGCCAUCGAUCCGGAGGAUAAGUGCUGCUAUGCGGCAGCCACACAAGUCGAGAGUCUACCACAAUCAACGGCAGCGAGCACAGUGACUGCAUCACAAUCCCAACCACAAUCACAACCCCAACCACCACCACCACAAGCACCACCUACGAUGUCCAUCUGCACAGAAGUUGGCUGCAACAGUUGCCCUCUGGCUGCGCCCUCCAACGAGUCUGCGGAUUCGACGUUGCGCCGCUCGGAAUACGAUCGGGAUCGAGAGGAUCCACUUUGUGAGCGGGAUCGCGAGGAUGUGGGCCUGGUCUAUGAACGAAGACUGCGUCGCGAGCGUUCCUGUGAGCGAGCCCCUGCUCACGAAUACUUUGAUGGGUCGCACUAUGAGCAUGUGGUCAAGUCGUAUGAGGUAUCAGUGGCGCCUCGUUUGGUCACACCGCCGCCGCAUCCGCACAGUUUUUUGACCAUCAAACAGGAGCCGACAGAUUGGUCGAACAAUCCCACAUCAUCGAUGUCCAACGACAACCAUCACGAUCACAGUCAGGAGGCGCCGUUGUCGCCCAAACAGCCGCUGGACUUUAAGAUGAACACCGUUAAGCUGGAGGCGAGUGCCACACCCCCGGAUGAGUCCGAGGAGCACACGUUGCGCGACUACAACAAUUUCAAACUGCUCGUCUGCGAGAUAUGCCAGAAAUCGUUUGAGGACACCAAAAUGCUGGUCCGCCACCUGGGCACCCAUGCCGCCGAGCCAGCCAGUGGCAGCAGUGGCACUGGCAGCAGCAGCACCAGCAACAGCAUCAAUGCCACAACGAGCAGCAAUCUGGCAUUGAGAGCGCUGAAGACCUAUGUGCCAAAGAAGCGACGCAGAGUGUCGGUGAGUGCCGUUGGAGCAGCCGCUGUAUUGGCCAAGACCCUAACUCAUCCAACCAUCCAUCCUCAUUCGCAUUCACAGCAACAGGAGAACAAUAUGGAUCAUGUGACGCUACUCUGUGAUCUCUGCUCCACCUCCUUUGAGACGCCCGCGGAGUGGGUGCGUCACAUGAACAGUCAGCAUACGGAAAUCGAACUGGCCAUGUUCAAUAGCAAAAAGGAUGGCGAACAGAAGGGCAACAACAACAACAAUAGCUCUUCAACGGCAUCCGUCAGCCAAAUGCAAGACACUGCCAGCCACAGAAGGUACAUGAAUUCCAGCCGGCAGGGGGGACAGAGUCUACUCAGCAGUCGGAGCAGCUCCAGUAACGGGAAUGGUGCAGCAGCAUCGCCGGGCCUGGCGGUGGUCGCCAGCUCAUCGCAGGCAUGAACCCACAUUCGACUAGCAACAAGCAACUCAAAUUAGAACACCAUUGACAACAACAACAAGACCACCAUUAGUCAGGCCACGAGUGAGAGAAGCAAUAAGAUGAACAUUUUUUCAAAAGAAAUCAAGUCGUUCCAGUAAUCAAAAAAAAAAAAAAAAAAAGAUAAGAAAUAUUUAUACGAAACAGCAAGAACCGUGAUCAAAAUGCAGCAAAUACAAGCAUAUUUUAUAAAGCAACAAACUAAAACUAAA